AUGGCCAAAGUCCAAGGAACCUGCGAGCCCCGCUUCGCCAAGGUCAAAGACCUCUUCCAGUCCUACCUCGACUCUGGAGAAGAGCUCGGCGCAUCUGUCUGCGUCAAUGUCGACGGCAAAGAUGUCGUCGACAUCUGGGGUGGUCACGCAGAUGAAGCUCGAACUCGCUCGUGGGAGAAAGACACUGUAACGUGUAUCUGGUCCUCUACCAAGACUGUCUGCGCCUUGGCAGCUCUGGUGUGCAUCGACCGCGGGCUACUGAAUCCAUACGAGAAGGUGUCAAAGUACUGGCCUGAAUUCGCUGCAAAUGGCAAGGAAGGUGUGGAAGUCCGACAUUUUCUUUCGCACGCGAGCGGACUGAGUGGCUGGGAGGAGUCCAUCACCAUAGAAGAUAUGUGCAACAUCGAGAAGAGCACAAAGCUCCUCGAGCAACAAGCGCCCUGGUGGGAGCCUGGUACGGCGACUGGUUACCAUGGCUGGACAAUGGGUCACCUCGUCGGCGAACUAGUCCGUCGCGUAACAGGAAAGCCGAUUCAAGAAUUCAUUGCCGAAGAGCUCGCCCACCCACUCGCCGCGGACUUCCAACUGGGCAUUCCCGAGAAGGAGUGGAACAGAGUCGCUGACAUCAUCCCUCCACCGAUGCCCGCAAAACAAGAGAUGCAGGCGUUUGCACUGGAUCCGAACAAUCUCACGUUCAGGUCUCUAGGCAAGAACCCUGGUAUGGAUGCCAACUGGGCCAAUCAGUCCCUCUUGAGAAACUCUGCUAUCGCCGCAGGAAACGGGUAUAGCAACGCCCGCGGCCUUGUCCGCCUCCUGUCCGUCAUCUCUUUGGAAAACCGUUCAUUCCUCUCCGACAAAACCAUCGACCAAAUCUUCUCAACGCAGCAAGAGCACAAGGAUCUCGUUAUACCGGUGAAGGUUCGUCUCGGACUCGGGUUCGCGUUACCAGCCGAAGGAAGCAUGAUGGCGAAUCUACCUCAGGGACGCGUGACGAGUUGGGGAGGGUGGGGUGGAAGUCAGGUUGUUGCUGAUGCUGACAGAAAGUUGACGAUUAGCUAUGUUAUGAACAAGAUGGAGGCGGCUGGGCUAGGGCAGCAGGAGGAGGGUAAAGGCGGUAUGGGUAAUACCAGGACAAAAGCGUUUAUUGCGGCGGUUUAUGAGGCAUUUGGGGUUGAGCCUUGA